ACACUGCACCAUGUCGCCGCUUCUCUUUGGGACCCUGCUGCUUUUAAACAAGGUGUCUUGUUCCAAGACUGGAGACUGUGAAGUGUGCGUGGGCUUUCUCCACAGACUUUAUGGAGGCUUGACGUUGACCCACAAAGAGCUGACUCCAGCACUGGUAGAAGAAGAGCUCUUCCGGGCUUGCUCUGCUGCCCAAGGGAAGGAGGCCAGGCUGUGUUACUACCUCGGCGCCAGCAGUGACGCAGCAACCCGCGUCACAGCGUCCGUGUCUCAGCCUCUCGCCUCCCACGUUCCUGUGGAGAAGAUAUGCCAGCGUCUGAGCAGCAGGGACACGCAGAUAUGUCAGCUCAAACACGAAGCUGAGCCCAGGGAGUUGAGCGGCGAAGGACUGAAAAAGAUGCGAGUGCUGGAGCUCAGGAAUAUUUUAAAUUCGUGGGGCGAGGACUGCCGAGGGUGCUUGGAGAAACACGAGUUUGUUAGCCUCAUCCUGGAAAAGGCACCGCUUCAUGCACACAAGAGUGAAUUGUGAAACAAAACACUAUAUAAAUCUGAACAAAAGACAGCUUUAUUCAUUUAAUAAAAGUGGU